AUGAUGUUCAACAACCUAGAAGAUGAUAGCAAAGAAGAAUGGGCUAUUGAAUUGUGUCUGGCUGUGAUAGAGCCAGUCGAAGAAGCAAUGGAAGAGGAAGCAAUGCUAACAGUCUCAAAGGAAAUUGAAGAGAAAAUGCCUAAAAGCAUAGGGGAGCAAUCUAGGAAAGAUCAGUUCACGGUAACUGAUGAGUUACAAUCUUUUGAAGAUGAAGCAUUCAAUGUGACAAACGGGACACACACUGUGGCCAGUGUAUCAGAGGUUGAAUAUAAUGCCUGCACAGAAGUAACGUCUGCUUUUGAAGUCCAAUUCACAUUUGGAUUCCCUCUUGAAACUACCGGUACUUACUACAUCAUCUGCAACGUUAGUAACCACUGUGAACAAGGCCAAAAGUUUUCUUUCAAGGUUGAAUCCACUGGAUCGCCAACUGAAUCGCCACCCAACUCCGCUUCAUCUCUAACAGUUGGUGCCUUAUUUGCUGUGCUCACCACCGCAGCCAUCUCUUUCUUGACUUCUAAUAAAAUGUUAUAG